AUGGAUAUAUUAAGUUAUGACGAUGGUGAAGGGACGAAUUAUGUCUCCACAUAUAAUGUGUUAGAAGGCAGUUUGAAUGUGAAUGCAAGUGGAUAUUACACAUUCUUUGUGAAGGGACAGAACAUGGGAAGUAUUGACAUGACAUUAGACGAUGGGAUCAACAAAAGAGUGUGUGUCACUGAUGGGUACAUGUUCUUCUUUGAUGAUACAAAUGAGACGUCAUAUGGAACUGUCUUUCUCAACAAAGAUAAAACAUACCCAUUCACAUCUAAAAACUCCAACGAAUUUGGUGCUGGAAAUAUGGAUGUUGGGUAUUGCUAUCAUGGCACUGACAAGUCAAAAGUAGUUGUUAAAAAUUGUAAUCCACAAAGUGUACCAGAGAAUUGGGUGUAUGCAAAAGGAUUUGGACCAAAUACUGCUCCACCUGAAUAUAUUUAUCCAGGGUUGAAGUAUCAAAGACCAGUGUCACAUAUGAUUGGAACAGUAUCAUCCUUUAUGACAUGCACCUCUACUUUAUGUAAUGUCGAGUGUGAACUCCCAGCUGGUGAAAGUGAUUCAAACAAGUGUUUCAAUAUAUUUGAUGGAGAUACCUCUACUGGGUACAUUUCUAAAGGAAGUGGCUCUUCAACUACUUUCCCUGCAGACUUUACAUUCACCUUUAAACAAGAUAUUCUCUUCACUCAAAUGAAGUUUGUAUUUAACAGAGAGGCGGAAGCCUUUGGUGACUUUACGAUAUCAUGUGGGGAUAUCAAAGAUGCUUUAAUUAAUAUCAAAAGUGUACAAAAGAGUGCUGGUAACCAAUUUGAUGUCACCUUUGAUAAAGUUACAAAGUGUAAAGUAUUGAAGUUCACUGUGAAAAAUGCGAUGACUGGAGGAGAUUACGUUGUACUGACGGAACUCAAAAUUAUGUUAAAACAAAGCUUCAAUAACUACGCAAAACCAAACGAUGAAGGAUUCACAACAACUGGAUUUAAAAAACAGAGUGGUAUUGGCUACUUUAAUAACUUUAUUUUAAUCAAUCAAAAGGCUGGAGAAGGACAAAUAUCAUUCACAUUAAAAGGAAGUGAACUUGGACUGUAUGGAGACUACUCAAGUACUUUAGGAACUUGGGAAGUCACUAUUGAUGGUAAAAAACCACUCAUCCACAAUAGAUAUAGUGAAGUUAUAAGUUCUAAAAGAACGUUAUAUGACCUUUAUGGGUUCGAAAAGGGAACGCAUAAAGUAGUCAUGAAAGUGAAGAGUGGAAUGGUCAACUUGGAUGUUGUCGGAUUUAAUUAA